GAGAGGACAGCCAGGGUUAGACGUUUGGAGGAGGCGGGGGCUGCGAGGAAGCACGUGUCCGCAUCCCUUUCUUCCUGUCCUUUAUCCUUUUAUUCUUAGGGUUUGAUAGCAGCGGCGACAGCCCGGAACCCCGUGUAUGGCCACGGAGUUACAGCUUCCGGACUCCAUGCCCUGUCACAACCGGCAAGUAAACGCUACUUCCAGCCCAAGUCCCGAUCGUCUGCGAGCAGACGACCAGAUACUGGAUCAUGCCGAGGAAAAUAAGGCUGCUUUGGCUCAACUGACUCUCCUCCCUGGGCACGCCCAUUCUGGCGUGCUCUCGGAGCAGGACUCUCAGGCCUGUGGCAGCACUAAUCUUCACUCUGAGAACCACAGUGAUAAUAGUGACAGUGGCAAUUCCAAGGCACCUGUAGGCGACCCCCUCCUAGGGGACUGUGAACUCUCCCGACAGAUCGGGGCACAGCUUAAGCUGCUGCCAAUGAAUGAUCAGAUCCGGGAACUGCAGACUAUCAUCCGCGACAAGACAGCCAGUAGAGGGGACUUCAUGUUUUCUGCGGAUCGUUUGAUCAGACUUGUUGUAGAAGAAGGACUGAAUCAGCUGCCAUAUAAAGAAUGUAUGGUGACCACUCCGACAGGGCACAAGUAUGAUGGAGUGAAAUUUGAGAAAGGAAAUUGUGGGGUCAGCAUAAUGAGAAGUGGUGAGGCAAUGGAACAAGGCUUACGAGACUGCUGUCGAUCCAUCCGAAUUGGGAAGAUCCUGAUUCAGAGUGAUGAGGAGACACAAAGGGCCAAAGUAUAUUAUGCCAAGUUCCCCCCAGACAUUUAUCGCAGAAAAGUCCUUCUGAUGUAUCCAAUUCUCAGCACUGGAAACACUGUCAUUGAAGCUGUAAAGGUUCUUAUAGAGCACGGAGUUCAACCCAGUGUUAUUAUCCUACUCAGUCUCUUCUCCACCCCCCAUGGUGCCAAAUCAAUCAUUCAAGAAUUUCCAGAGAUCACAAUUUUAACUACUGAAGUUCAUCCUGUUGCACCUACACAUUUUGGACAGAAAUACUUUGGAACAGACUAAGUUAUUACAGGAAAAUGAAAUAACUUGCAUAAUAUUAUGGUUGUAAAUGGAUUUCAUAUUUGUUUUUACUAAUUUGAGAAAUAAUGGAGAAAUGCAUUAGGAAUGCCUUUUAACAUUGCAAAUAGGUGUGGCAACAAGAAAUACUGGAAAUUUAUUUGUUUGAUUUGGUCAUUUCUUCACAUGUAGUACCAACUUCAGCAAUGAAGUCACUGAACCCUCACUCAGUGCAUGGAAACUGUCGAACUUGUGACCCUCUUGGUUUCGAGGUUGCUUGCCGCCGCAAAGAAAACCCAAACACUGCAGUUUAAAUUUUCUUUACUGUGCUUUUAGCUCGAGAGUGCUUUCCUGUGUGUGGCUUUUGCCCCGCUCCAUACUCUAUAUUUUCUUGUACUGUGUAUGCAGGGAUCUUGGAGAAGAGAGAACAAAAGAAUAUCCUAGAAUUUUAUAUUGCUCUUUAUGUUCUUGCUUAAUUUGCAGACCCAGGAUAUCUGCUUAACUCUUUCAGCUAAGCUGAUGUGUUCCUCCUGGCUCGUUUCCUCAACUGGGGAUUAGCCAUAGGUGCCUGCUCAAACUGUAAUACAGGAAUAAAAGAUGCAGGACCUUUUCAGUAACCGAAUCUGUAACAUGACUCCAGAGAGACUGAACCAAAGAUGCCUGAUGAUGAUGAGAGAGCUAAAUCAGCCCUCUACAGGGGAAUUGGUGGGGGGUUUUCUAGUGUGUCGGUGGAAGUGGAGGCUUUGCUGCAUUUCAUGGCCACUAAGUAAAUCAAUAUGAUUUACUUAUUUACUUCUACUAGUUGCUUUUGGUUUGGAACUUAGUUAUUCUGCAUGUUUUUUUUUUAACUAGUAGUAAAGUAGAGAAAACGUAUGUUCAUUAAAAUAUAUAGUUUGUAUGUGCUCAUUUAAGCUUCUGAAAGAGAGAUAAACAAUCUUAUAAUCUUUGCACUUUUGAAAUGUGCUUAUAAAACCGUGAUCCCAUUUUACAGUGAUAUUAAAACUUCUGUGGUGGCUGGA